GGGGACCCCAGCGCUCAGUGUCAGUGCCCUCUCGAGUUGCUGCCCCUCACUGACUGACGGAAUCAAUCAACCCCACCAUGAGAAUCUUAUCAACCCAUCAUCCAUAGCUUUUUGGAGGAGGCAAAUUUAAUUUUGACGUCCCCUGCAUUACUUGCAUUCGAGACAUCAACUACACAUACCUCCGAGCAAUACCAUAUAACAUCCAAUACAAAACAGACAUUCGCUAAACUGUCCAAAAUGGUCCGCCACAAAAAAGAUUUCGCCUCCAAGGGUAGAAAAGGAGGUCCAGCCCUGCGACGAGGACCCCGCCGUGAUGAUGAUGGUGAUGGUUCUUCGCGCCCAGCUUUCAAAGCCGCCUGCUGGGAUCUCGGCCAUUGCGAUCCUAAGCGCUGUUCCGGAAAGAAACUCAUGAAACUUGGAAUGAUGCGCGACCUGCAUCUCGGCCAACGCCAUAACGGAGUCAUUAUCACACCCAAUGGCAAACAUACCGUCUCCCCUGCCGAUCGCGAGCUCAUGGACCAGUACGGCGCUGCUGUUGUAGAGUGCUCUUGGGCGAGGACGCAGGAGGUUCAGUGGAAUAAAGUUGGUGGGAAGUGCGAGCGGUUGUUGCCGUACCUCGUCGCUGCGAAUACGGUCAACUAUGGCAAGCCCUGGCGUCUGAACUGUGUUGAAGCGCUGGCUGCAGCUUUCUACAUUUGUGGUCACUCAGAUUGGGCGGAGCAGAUUCUUGCACCGUUUUCAUACGGACCAUCCUUCCUCGAGAUCAACCACAGCUUACUCAAGCGAUAUGCUGCAUGUGCGGAUGAGGCGGAGAUCAAGAAGACUGAAGAAGAGUGGAUGGAGCAACUGGAGAAAGAAUACGCAGAGAGUCGAGAGGAAGGAAACGACGAUAUGUGGACCAGCGGAAAUACCAAUCGAAGACGUGUUCAAUCCUCUGACGAUGAGGGCGACGACGAAGAGGAUGACAGUGACGAAGAGGAAGAUGGAAGCGUGGACGGUAUAUAUCUUGGCAAGAAGCCACCUAAAGCUCAGCCAGAAGAGGAGGAGGAGGAGGAGGAGGAGGAGGAAAAGGAUCGCUACGCAAUAUCUGACGACUCAGAUGACGAGGACGCGAUGGCCGAGAUUCGUCGCAAAGUUCUCGCCUCAAAGACCUUCACUAACCCCAAUCAACAAGACGAUAAGAAACCUGCCAUCAUUCCCAACCCACAUCAACACCAGCAGCAGUUCAGGCCUAAUACCAGCGUCCAGCCUGACUCGGACAACGAGAGGAGCGGAAGCGAGGAUGACGAUGACGACGAUGAAUUUGAUAACAUCAUUGAGGCUACACCUGUGACUGAUCGUAUUGGUUUGGCUAAAUUGGAAAAGGAGCGUAACCAGGCUACUAUUACGACGAGGACGUUCUCAUCCAAUGCUGUGGGAGCGCCAUCUCGAAGUUGAGCAUAGGGUUACCAAAUAGAAAUCGUAUAAGAACUCUCACCACAUUACUGAUUCGAC